GCAGCAGCUACAUCUUCCAUCUUAAAGUAGAAAAUCAGCCGAAAUGUUCACUUAAAGGUUCCUAAAUUAUUUUUGGAGCCCUGACACAUGAUCAAUAACAGGACAUUGUCACGCCAUUGGGGAACGUCUGUAAUCCUAGUUUUUGCAAUGUGUCUCCCACCGUCGGCACUGAUCGGCCUUUUGUUAGCAAGUAGUCGUUAAUCACCCCGAUGAUCACCCGGCUGAUCAGAUGAGCAGAAUCAGCGCACAAGAAGGGAAAACUGAAAUAGAAAGAUUAAAGCUUCUCGAGCCUGUUGCUGUAGCAUCUGUGAUUUCACCCCUAUUUGUAACAGACAUAUUCUUGAUCGGUGGCUAUAAUAGCGAGAAUGGUGUGAAAGUGACAGACAAACAGUUUUAUCCUCACAACAGUUUGUAUGUCCAGGAAUCUCGAGGCUUCAAGUUUCCCCUUUUGAAUGACAAAUAGAAGAAAGACACCAGAUGAAAUCAUGAAAGAAAAUGUGUAUUAUUAACACAAUAUCAAUAUUUCACUUUUUAAUAUCACAAUUAUUGUGAAUAUCACAACAUAACCACACCCCUUGUUCAAACUGUAAUAAAGUGCUGUAGGAGUUCUUGAAGCUCAGAAGCUCAAAAUUACAGUGCUGCACCUACGAUCCUGUGACAAAACUGACAUUUUAAAUGAGAACAGUGAUUUUGGGGGGGUUGUUGAGAAAACAGGAAACAAUAAAAAGUUUAUUUGAAGGCUGAAAGUCGACAGAGCACUGAGGGAGGAAGGCAAAAUUAAUAUUAUUCUGUCUAAAACCAUCUUCUCUUAUGUCCGCGUGGCAACGUGGCUCUCUAACAUCUUCCCUCUUCACUCAAAUAACAGACAUAUUUCUUGUUUCCCAGAGCAGGAAAUCUUUAGCUUCUCCAGGUCUCCUCACAUAACAAGUCUUUGUGUGCGUCACAUGAAAACACCUGUAUGUUUAUCAGCAGUUUGUCCUGAGAGGAACACUCUGUCCUAUCAGUCGCUGCGUAAGGAAACGCAACAUUCCUCCGUGGAGAUAAUGUGCAGGCCAGAUGGCACGGCUCGAUCAAAGUCCUGCUCACAUCUCUCUGACCUAUAAACGCCCGACGACACCAAUCAGUCGACACAAAGCUGAGAGCGUUCGAGUGAAUCGGUGUGUUGACUCUGUGAUUCCUCAGUGUUUGUGCUGUAUGACACAACAGAGAGAAACAGUCACAGUAACAUUAUCUUAUCUGCUGCCGUUUCUUCGAGUGUCGAAGUUUCUGUGUCACCCAACUCAUCACUGUGUUUACACUUGUUGCAUAACAAUGUCUCAAGUCUCCUGAGUGUUUCACAUGAAUCUUAAUUUGAUUUGUUUCGACACAUAAAGUGUGUUUAUUCUCAAGGGUUUAUACAGUCAGACAUGACGCAGAAGUUUUGUUUGUUUUGUUUUUUUUGUUAACUUGUGAGUAAUUCCUUUUUUAAUUGUUCAGUUCAGGGUCAGUUUAUUUCUGAUCAACCAACGAAGGAAAUUCUUAAUUGUAUGUGCUAUAAUGUCAUUUUUAUCAUCAGUCUGUCAUUCCACCGCUUUGCAUUGAAAUUUUGUUGACAUUGGCGAAGGCUGGCGUUGCUGUUUCUCUCAAGAUGAAUUUCAGCAACUUUCUGAUCCAAGCGCACUCAUCAGGUGUCCUGUAACUUUAUUUCCUGUCAAAAUGUCUGCAGAGCUUUUGACUUUCCCAUCAGCCUCAGCUUCAUUUUGAGCUUUGUGGUAAUAAGCAUCUGUUAGCAUGCUAACCUAGGAAACUAAAACUGAUGAAGGAAAACACUACACCUGCUUAACAUCAGCAUGAUGUUAGUUAUGUUGAUAUUAAUGUAUAAAAACCUUUAAAAUAAGUUCUCAAUGUGUCUUUAUUGCACAUCAGGGCUAACAGGAUUAGCAUGAAGCGGUCUUAGCCCGAGGCUAAGUUAGCGUUUACACUGGGACAAUGCCCCGGCUAAGAAAAUAUGAGAAGCACAAUAAUGUGCUGAGUAACCGAAGAUUCAGAUUCCUCAGUUUUCACUUGGACAUGGAGGUAUAAAGUCUUAUCAAUGCGUCACACAUCUAGAAUUUUUGUUUUUUGGCUUUAAAAGGUCUUAAAAGUGACACUUACCGACAUGAGGCUGCAUCAGUAACUAAACUAAAACUGAUAUUUCUUGAGCUAAACUCUUGCUCUGAAAGCUCAGUGUGAAUGAUGACAUGUUGUGAUAAUAUAUAAUGUGUGUGAGGUCACCAGACAGUGAUGAUGUCAUCUCUUACGUACCACUGUGAGCCCUGUUGUGAUGUGGAAGCAGCCGUGACAGCACGGCACUCAGAGUUUGGACUUUACUCCCGAGAAUUCCUCUAUACGACUCGGCCGCUUAUAUAUACCGAGCCUGAGCUGUGCAGGACACACACUGUGUUCUCAACAGCUCGCCGACUGGACAGGAAGCUCAUCCACACAGCUACACGUCAGUCAUGAAGGUCCUUGUGGUGCUCGCUCUCGCUGUUUUCACUGCAGGUUGCAAUGCCAACAUCGUGUGGCGAAACCAGCCCAGGCAGCAGGUCGACAUGGUGAAAGAUGCUUUCUGGGACUACGUCGCCAAGGCAACCACGACCGCCGAGGACUCCCUGAAGCAGAUCAGAGAGUCGCAGCUGGGCAAGGAAGUCAACUCCCUCAUCUCUGAGAGCACCGACGCCGUCAACAAGCUCACCGACGUUCUCCGCAAUCAGGUGGCUCCUCUGACCCAGGACCUCAUGUCCAAGUUUACCCAGGAGGCCGAGCAGCUGAAGACCCGCGUGGAGAAAGAUCUGACCGCCAUGGGAGCCCGCCUGCAGCCCUACACCGAGGAGCUGGUGGCUGACCUCCAGAGGAAGGUGGAGGGGCUGAAGAGGGACGCCGUCCCUUACGCCAACGCCAUGGACGCCGAGGCCCUGAGGACCGUCCUGCUGCAGAAGAGCCAGGAGCUGAAGGUGCAGAUGGAUGAGAACGUGAACAGGCUGCAGGCCCAGAUGGUCCCCUACAGCGAGGAGAUAAAGGAGAAGAUGGAGCAGAGCAUGGAGGAGUUCAGGAGGAGCAUGAUCCCUCUGGCCCAGAGCUUCGAGACCCAGCUGACCCAGAAAACCCAGGAGAUCCAGCAGAGCCUGGCGCCGCUGGGAGAGGAGCUGAAGGCCAAGCUGGACGCCGACGCCCAAAACAUGAAGAGGCAGCUGACCGGUCUGUGGAGGUCCUUCGCCAAACUGAUCCAGUAAAACGGACUCGGUCAGGGUGGCGUUUAUGGGACAGAUAGAAAGUGAAAUACCUCAUCGUGUGUGUUUUUAUGUUGAAAGAUGCUCUGAAAGGAAACCUUCUGAACACUGUCAGUAUUUCCUCCACUGUGUUACUGUUUACUACUGUAAGCUUUCAUCUGUAAAACAGCAAUAAAUUAAAUUAAAUUAAACGUA